AUGGAUCAAUAUGUGGAAGAGCUAAUUAAAAACUCAACUAAGACAAUUAAAUUUGCACCUGGUGACAAGACGUUCAAGCCAUGUUACAUAAUCACAUCGCAUCAGAGACUUCUAUAUGCAGUCAUGGUGAAAAAUGAAAACUACGAACUAAACCCAGAUCUAUAUUCACGAAUAAAAAGAAAAGAGCAAAACAUAAUGUUAAAAGUGUCAUUUGUAACAAAGGAAUCAUAUGACUGCAAGGAAGUUAUGCCAUGUGAUACGUCACUACUGGAGAGCAAUACUGGUGAUACAAAAGAGAAGGUUGAGAUGCCAGUCCAAUAA